AUGAAGAUCUCAAUAUUGUCUACUAUCGUUGUACUUUUACUUACAACUUAUGUUUUCUCGAUUAAAAAUGUCAAUAAAAGAGCAUUGCAAAAAUCCCACGAAAAACCUCAAUGGCAAAGGUGGUCAGACGUUUUCCUCGGAAGGGAUACAUUGGAUCAAGUUCCUUCUUUAGUGCAGUUAAUUAGAAAACUAUCAGUGGAAUAUUUAUCGGACUGCACACCAGUAAUACUCUAUGAUGGAUUUUCUGAAUCCGCCGGCAACUUACUUUUGGAACAAUUGUUUAGAAACCACCCAAUGACUUACAUACAUGGGCAGAUAACCGAAAAUUAUACCAUAAAAGUAAGCGGCGUCAGGCAAAAUAUGAAAACAUGUAUAAGUUACAUUUUAAUCAUGAAAGACGUGAUGAGGUGCCGGGAUGUAAUCGGUGAACAGCAUAGCAAUAAAGUUGUUGUGGUGGCUCAAUCGAGUCAGUGGAGAGUUUUCGAAUUUCUAUCAAACGAAAGGUCGCAGAGUUUCACUAAUUUACUGGUUAUCACCAAGUCGGAAAGGGCUGCCACAGCAUCGCUUGAAUCUUCCUAUAUCUUGUACACGCACGAACUCUACUUGGACGCUUUGGGCUCCAGCGGACCCGCAGUGUUAACUUCCUGGACUAAGGGCAGAUUUGCAAGACCCAACACAAACUUGUUUCCGAAAAAAAUUACCAAGGGAUUUUCUGGCCAUCGAUUUAUUAUAUCUAUUGCCCAUCAACCUCCCUAUGUUAUCAGAAAAUAUGCUGCUGAAUAUGAAAUCUUGGGUUCCUCUGAAGCUGUAGCAAAGCAGGUGUAUCAAGGACGAGCAAAUUUAGGUGCUGCAGGGCUGUAUACCACACAAGACAGAAUCAAUAAAAUCGGGGUGUCACACUGGCAUUCGCAGGAUUGUGCCGCUUUUGUUUCGCUUACGUCUACAGCGUUGCCACGGUAUAGGGCUAUUUUAGGACCUUUUCAUUGGACUGUAUGGCUGGCUUUGACUUUGACUUACUUAUUGGCCAUAUUUCCUUUAGCAUUUUCCGAUAAACAUACCUUAAAACAUUUAAUACGAAAUCCCGAAGAGAUGGAAAAUAUGUUUUGGUAUGUAUUUGGUACAUUUACUAAUUGUUUUACUUUUACUGGUAAAGGAUCCUGGAGUAAGGCGGAAAAAAUGACAACUCGCCUACUAGUUGCAUUUUACUGGCUUUUCACCAUUAUAGUAACAUCAUGUUACACAGGCUCUAUUAUAGCAUUUGUUACAUUACCUAUUUAUCCAUCAGUUGUGGAUACAGUGGAUCAACUAUUAAACGGAAGAUUUCAAAUAGGAACAUUGGAUACGGGAGGUUGGCAGCAUUGGUUUGCUAAUUCAUCGGAUGCCCCCACUCAAAAACUUCUCAGAAAAAUGGACUUGGUUCCAACAAUCGAAGAGGGCUUACAAAAUACCACCAAGGCAUUCUUCUGGCCUUACGCUUUUCUUGGCUCAAAGUCACAGCUGGAUUUUAUAGUUAGAACCAAUUUUACCUCAACUAAUAAACGGUCUCUUUUACAUAUAAGUAAGGAAUGUCUAGUAAACUUUAAUGUGGCACUUGUUUUCCCAAAGAACUCUAUAUACCAAGAACUUUUAAACAAAGGGGUUAUGUACUGCAUCGAAACCGGCUUGGUACUCAAAAUUAAAAAUGAUUUAGAGUGGAAUACCAUGAGAAGUUCCACGGGAAAAUUACUAUCCGCAAACUCAAACACUCAAGGUCUCAAAUCCUUAAUUGUGGAAGACAGAGCUUUAGGUCUGGACGAUACGCAAGGUAUGUUUCUACUUUUAGCCAUUGGUUUUGUAGCUGGUGGUGCGUCUUUACUAUCCGAAUGGUUGGGAGGUUGCUUUCAUUUAUGCAAAAAAAGCAAAACCAGAAGGCAUAGUACAGAUUCCAUUGAAAGCAACCCAAGGACCCACGAAUUCCUAACACCUAGGCAAAAAAUCGAUUCCAUACAAUACAACCAUUCUUUACUCUUAAACCACACCUUAGGAAGUUACAUUGAUGUAGAGGGUAAAGAUACCAACCACGUUGACUGUGUUGUACAUCACGAUAAUAGCAAUGAUGAUUCAGCUUCGGAUACAGACUUUGAAGAGGAGAUAAAUAAGAUAUUUGAAACAAUAUUUGGAGAAGAAACUGAUAAUAUAGAAAGUAACAAUUUGGAAGAAAUCGUUGACGAACCUUUUAUAGAUAGAGAAAGGAAUGUAGAGAAUAAUAAUAAUAAUACCAUAUAA